ACAAACACAACCCAAGUCAUGAGUCGGACCAACACCAUGUGGGGUAUCGUUGCCUGGUUAAUGGUACUAUCAGUGCUAACAAAUCCAGUGGAAUCGUCUGUGAUGGACGUAUUCAUCAGAGCCAAUGAAAUAAAUCAGGUUCAGGAGUUCACAAGCCAUGAAACAUACGUGCAGCGAAUCCUAGCUAUUGCAUCCUCGAGCACCUCCAUAGUGUUCUGUGUGGCGUCCAUUUACUUUUUUUUUGCAAUCGAUCCCAGAAGAUUGGUGUUUCGACAUCAGUUAAUCUUUUUUCUCCUUUUCUUCGAUCUCCUUAAGGCUAUCAUCUUACUAUUGUAUCCUAGCAGAGUGCUAACACACUAUCUUGCCUAUUUCAAUGCCAAAUUUUGUCAUAUUGUGGGAUUCUUCACGGCUACCGCCAUCGAAGGGGCCGAUUUUGCCAUUUUGACCUUUGCCAUUCACACCUACUUAUUGAUCUUCCGGCCCUCGUUGAACGUCAAAGUGGGACAUAGCCGUAGAACUGAAGGUGGUUUGUUUGUUUACAGACACUAUAUUUACGGAACUUCAUUUUUAAUUCCCCUUAUAUUGGCUAGUUUGGCUUUCAUCAAUGGAAAAGGCUAUUCAUCCUUUGUUUGCUGGUGUUAUCUUCCGCAAACUCCCGUUUGGUACAGAAUGGUAUUGAGUUGGGUUCCCCGGUUUGUUAUUGUGACAGUGAUCUUCAUCUGCUAUUCUUUAAUUUAUUACCAUGUCAUUAAGGAAUAUCGGGUAUUGGGGGGUGUAUUUACAAAGCUUCCCCGGAGAGAUCUUGCUAGCGAAGAGCCUUCAUUUUUCUCCGCUUUGAAAUACUUUUUGGGGUCUAUCAAAGAUCAAUUGGUACCUAAGUUAGUGUUACCAGAUGCUCAGAAUGAUGAGCUUUCUAGAGCCCCAUCCAGAGCCACUGAUCAUCGACACUCAGGAGGAAGUCAUACUCAUCAAGGGGCUCAAAGUAGGUCUGAUACUGAUGAAGAUGAAAGGACCGUUGGUGGUAAUACAUCCCCUGCCCUGGAAAAUAUAACCGAAGUGGAUAUCGAUGAUUUGUCUUCUGAUGAUGAUCUGGACGCUGAUGAAGUAGAAGCCACUCAAACCCGUCAUUCGGGUAACAUUCCUUCUGGUGGUGAAGAUGGUCGUCAUUCCAAUAGCUUCAAUGCUCGUAAUGAUGAUAUCCAGAUGGAGAACUUGAGAAACUUCAAUAAAAGACAGAAAAUUAUUAAGAAACAGAUGAAGUCCAUUUUCAUCUAUCCAAUGGCAUAUGUUUUCAUCUGGUUAUUUCCUUUCAUUUUGUAUAUUACUCAAGUCAACUAUGAGAGGGAACACGGUCCUAUUUACUGGAUCAAUUGUAUGGGUGCAUUUAUGCAGCCAUUCAACGGAACAGUCGAUUCAUUUGUCUUCUUCUAUAGAGAACAACCAUGGAAGUAUACUGUGAUGAAAAAGUUUGAAAAAGACCAUGCCGAUAAAAUGGAAGCAGUGCUAUCAAAAAGAUACUCUCAGCGAAGUCAUUCUUUGUAUUCUUCUGUAUCAACAGGACCUGCUUUUCACCGGGGACGGGCGUUGUCAACAUCCACAGAGUAUGGUGGAGGUGGUUCAAACAACUCUCUUAGCUUCAAUUUGGGCGUUGACCUCAAUAGAUUCAAGACUUGGAGAAGAGUUUUGAAUGAUAUCAACUUACCAUUAUUCCAGCUACCAACCGAGGCGAAUCUCGCAACUCUUCAAAAGAAGCUUAUAAGCAGAAGAGCCAAGGAGAUUUCUGCUUCAGUCAACGGGAGCAAAGAAGUCGAAACUCAAUCUGAUGAGAAAGUCUUCGGUGAGAACAUGAUUCAUGAUUACUCUAAUGUCUUACAGGGCAAAAUGGGAGAAGAUGAAUUCAGAUCUACUCUUGAAAACUUUUCGUUGAACUUCAAUAAAGGCUCCAAUGUCAGUUUAUCAAAUACCCAAGCAAAUUCUGAGGCCAGAGCAGGUUCAAACUUAAGUCCUCAUGUCGCUUCCUUCAGUCAUACCCUGAAUGAUCGUAAAAACAGCAUUAUUUCUCAGAGUGGUCGUUCAGUUAGGGGAAGACAACACUCUGUGGUGGAUCCUAAUGAGCCUGUUAUCAUAGAAGGUAAAGCCUAUGAUGCCUUUAUUGGAACACCAGUAUCAAAUACCCCCACUCACACCAAAAACUCCCCAAGUUAUUCAAAAACGAGCCGGAACAGCUACAAUUCAGGUAAAACAAUAGCUAGCUCUAAAAGAGGAAACUCCGGCAGUUCCACUCCUCCCAAAAAACUCUCAAAAGGAACUCUUGAUACCAACAGAACCAGUAGUACUGUGUCCGAUGAGGGCGAUGAGAUGGACUUUUUAGAAUUUUUAAAAAAAGGCCCACCUACAUGAACAAGGAGUACUUGUUGUCAUCACUAAUGUUCAAUUCUUAAUGUUUUAACUUAUUUUAAUAGCUAUUCUACACACCUAAUAUUAAUAUAACUCAAAGUAUCGGUUUUAUUGUCAGUGACAUAUCGAUCCGCACAACAUACUAUUGGUUUUCCAGAACAUUAGUCAUACCCUUGAAGUUGUCUAAAAAAUGCCAGAGUUAGAAAAGACAAAUUCCAAGGAUGGUAAGUUCUACGAGAGUAAUGCCGGUGAUGGUACCCUCGUAUCUGACCAAUACUUGACUGGUUUCAAGUUAUCAUUAACAUUGCUAAGCGUUGUGCUCGCAUUGUUCGCAUCAGCUUUAGACCAGACAAUUGUGUCUACAAUUUUAUCUACUGUGGGAGAUGAGUUCGGAGACUUCAACAAAGUGGGUUGGCUUACCUCUGGAUACAUGCUUCCUAUGGCCUGCCUUGCACUAAGUUGGGGGAAAAUAUCCAUCGCCUUUGGUAGAAAGAAAACGAUGCUUUUUGGCUUGUUCUUUUUUUUCAUCGGUUCCUUGAUAGCAGCCUUGUCCAAAAGUAUGGAUAUGUUGAUCGGAGCACGUGUCAUUCAAGGGCUUGGUGGAAGCGCUAUUCAAGCCAUGACUAUGGUGAUUUUGAGCGAGGUGGUCCCAGCAUCUAAAAGAUCGCUUUCAAUGACUUUGAUCGGCAUCACCUUUUCUGUGGCAUCGGCUUUAGGGCCAUUCAUUGGCGGGUCCUUCACAACACAUGUUACCUGGAGAUGGUGUUUUUGGAUAAACUUACCCAUCUCCGGCAUUGGGUUUGUGUUUUUAAUGAUUUCGUUCAAGCCUCCAAAACCUGAAGGUGACUUGAAAACAAAAUUAGCUAAAAUAGAUUUCCUUGGAAACUUUCUCAUGGCAAGUGGAUUGGUCUUGGUGUUACUUGGGUUGACUUUUGGAGGUAAUGACUUUGCUUGGAAAUCAGCUGCCGUCAUACUGUGUUUUAUUUUGGGAGGUUUGUUGGUGAUUGCCUUCUGCGUCUAUAACUUCAAAUACUCCAAGAUCCCUAUUAUUAUGAAGGAAGCUGCCACAAGCCCAUAUGUGAU